CUCUUACAUAACAACAACAAGCGCUUCCUCCAACUCGACAUGAACUCAAUCUUGAUUUUGAGUUGAGGAAAUUGAAGUGAAACAUGUCUGUGUCUUGUUCUACCUUGGAAUCAGGGCCGUUAACCUCUGCAACUACCAAAUGGGUUUCCCAAGAUUUCACCAACCACAUCAUUUCCGAGCUGAAAUUACAGAGAACCAUCGCUCUUCCACUCAUCGUUAUGAACUUAACGUGGUUCGUAAAGAUAACCAUAACUACGGCGUUUCUUGGCCGCCUCGGCCAGCUUCCAUUAGCCGGCGGAACACUCGGUUUUACCUUCGCUAACGUCACUGGUUUCUCCGUCUUGAACGGCCUCUGCGGCGCCAUGGAACCCAUUUGCGGCCAAGCUUUCGGUGCCAAGAACUUCAAACUCCUACAUAAGACGCUCCUCAUGUCCAUUUUUCUCUUACUCCUCGUCACGAUUCCAAUUUCAUUCCUCUGGCUCAACGUCGACUCAAUUUUGAUCCGUUUCGGUCAAGAGAAGGACAUUUCCCUCGCCGCUAAGUCCUACCUCCUCUACCUUCUCCCCGAUUUGGUCGUCACUUCAUUCCUCUGUCCAUUAAAAUCGUAUCUCAGUUCGAAAACUGAAACACUCCCGAUCAUGAUAAGCUCGUCCAUGGCUCUGGCUCUUCACGUUCCCAUCAACAUUUUUCUGGCUAAAUCCAAGGGGUUAAUUGGGGUUUCAAUGGCGAUCUGGGUAACCGAUUUCGUCGCAAUGAUUUCGCUCGCGGUGUACGUUUUGGUGAAAGAGACGAAUCGCGAAGGUGGAUGGUUCGAUCAAACGGUUGGAGAUUGGAUUCGAUUGGCUAAACUGUCAGGACCGUGCUGCUUAACCACCUGCCUCGAAUGGUGGUGCUACGAGAUUCUGAUCCUUCUCACGGGCCGUCUUCGCAACGCCAAACAAGCCGUGGGGACCAUAGCCAUCGUUUUAAACUUCGACUAUUUGCUUUUUGCCGUUAUGCUCUCGCUAGCCACAUGCACGUCCGCGCGCGUCUCAAACGAGCUGGGCGCCAAUCGUGCAACGCAAGCGCGUAGAUCGGCCGGGGUGUCGGUGGUGGCAAGUGUGGGGUUUGGGUUGUUGGGGGCGGCGACGAUGGUGGCGGCGAGAGGGGAAUGGGGGAAGAUUUUCAGUAAGGAUGAAGGGACUCUGAGAAUGGUGAAGAAGAUGCUGGUUUUGAUGGCAGCGAUUGAGGUAGUGAACUAUCCGUUAGCGGUUUGUGGAGGGAUUGUGAGGGGGAUAGGGAGGCCAUUGAUGGGACUAUGCGCGAAUCUUGGAGGAUUCUACGGGGUGGCGUUGCCUUUGGGAUUGAUCUUGGGGUUUAAAGUUGGGGCUGGGCUUGGUGGGUUGUUGAUGGGGUUUUUGGUUGGGGUAUUUGGGUGUUUGGGUUUGCUAUUGGCGUUCGUUUGGAGGAUUGAUUGGGAGAAGGAGGGUUUGAAAGCGAGUGCCAUGGCAAGUGGCCAAGCCACUGGGGAGGUUGUUGUGGCUGAUGUUGAUGUAAAAAUGUGAUGCCAUUUUCACGGGCACACUGUUUCGACAUAUUGCCUUUUCUUCUAUUGCACUACAAAUGUGACGCUAUUUUAUUUUGGGAAUUAA